UUGGAAUCCUGGAAGUAGGUAUAUGAUGACGUCCUUGUCGUAUGUUACCGUUGCGCCUUUUCUCACCGAACUAACUUGAAUAGCCAAGUAGCUCAAAUUCGGGGUCCGUAACUCGGAGAUGCAAUGCAUCGAAAGCCGACUUUGCUCCUCUGUGGCUUGCUUUAGUCGUUGUCGUCUUUACCAUACUCAUCUUUACCGUUUCCCCAAAGUUGCACUUUCACUAUCUGGACAAACCAGGAGACGUUCAUUUAACGUAAACUUCAUAUCUUACUCGAAGAUGAGCUCAGAUAUUUCAAUCGUGGGAUUGAAAGGACCUUCGACGUUAAGUCCAAUCAACCUUUUAAUUGGUCGUCCGUCGCCGCGUCUACAGGCGGCGGACAAGUUAGCGGCCGCCUCUCAAGUUGUGCUAUUACAGCGCGAAAAAUCGGACUGGGCUUUAACAUACGGCCCCGAUCACGGCGAAGACGAAAUUCGCGAACAUGUCGCUACAUGGCUCAGCCAGAAAUAUCGGCCUGCGCCUGGUCCCAUUACCCAAGACCGCAUCAUAAUCACGAAUGGUGCCUCGGGAGGACUUACAGCAAUUCUACAGAAAUUUACCGAUCCCCUGUACACGCGUCGCAUGUUUCUCGUAGAGCCUGCCUACUUCCUUGCCAUUAACUCCUUUUUGGACGCAGGUUUCGGUCCGAAAAUGCAAGGAGUUCCUGAGGACGACGAGGGCAUCGACCUUGAGUUUCUGCGACGCCAGUUAGAGAAGGAAGAGUGCAAGUACGUCGAUGGUGCUCAAAUUUCCGGGGCGCCAGCCACCAAACCCGAAAGCCUUGGAUAUAGAAAGCUUUACAAGUACGCUUUAUAUGUGGUGCCGACACUAUCUAACCCGAGCGGCAAAACGAUGUCACUGCAUCAUCGCAAAGCCUUGGUGGAGCUAGCACGUAAGUACGAUAUCCUUUUGAUCGCAGACGAUGUCUACGACUUUCUCGCUUGGCCGGCCGACGACAAUAUCCCACAUAAGGAUAUGGAGAUCCCUCCGAGGUUGGCGGACAUCGACAGACAGAUGGGUUACACGGAUGAAUGGGGCAAUACAGUAAGUAAUGGGUCAUUCUCAAAGCUAGCCGCUCCUGGCCUGCGAGUCGGUUGGUGUGAAGCGACUCCAAGUUUCGUCUACGGCUUGUCUCAAGCUGGAGCGACGCAUUCUGGUGGCUGUCAAAGUCAAUAUACAUGUUACUUGAUCGAUCACAUGCUCGUGUCCGGUAUUCUAGAAGACCAUGUGCAAAAUACAUUAAUUCCAAUAUACCGGAAACGAUACAAUAUUCUAGUGAAUGCUAUCAAGACUCACCUUUACCCACUUGGAAUCAAGAUAUCUACCGGGUCACCUUACGAAACUUCUGCCCGAGACGAUAAAGGGAACCACAUCAAGACUAAACUGGCAGGGGGGUUUUUCAUGUAUUUGGACUAUCCGGACAAGGAAACCUUUCCACCAGCUGCUGAUAUCGUCCGAGUUGGUGGGGAUAAAUAUGGCUUGAACAUCGCGCCGGGUGAAAUUUUCGUCGUGAACGGAGACCCCGAGAGCAUGAAGAGGGCAAACGCAAGUUGGAACCGGGGGACUAGACUAUGCUGGGCAUGGAACGAGGAAGAUGAAAUUAUCGAAUCUAUCCAGAGGUUGGCAAAUACUAUCCAACAAUUGACAAAGUGACGACAUGCCUUAAAACGGGAGAGGGAGAAUUCUAGCGAGAUCUUAACGAUAGGUAGACGUAUUUUAAAGUACAUUUGAUGGCGAAGCCCCUUAUUCAUCCCCAUACUACCUAGUAUGUAGUUUAAGAGGGCUCCGACGAAUAAGGGCACCGAGGAACUAUGCGAGGGUUUCUCCUUGUGCCACCCAUAAGGGACUCAUGACUAGAGUACCGAGACAUCCCAAAUCUUGUGGCUUGAAGAACAGCUGUACACCACUCAGAAUAUCGAAUACAAAUAGUCCGACCAGCCAAUCGAAUUGCAUGUCUGCGUAGCUUAGAUAAUUAAUCAGGGAUAAGUCAAGAGAAAACAUGAAACAAUAUCGCAUCCCC